CAGCAAAGCUAACCUAAAUAAAACUUCAAAAACCCUAAACCCCAAAUUACGGAUCUCUUUUCCUUACCCUUCCAAAUUUCUUGUUCUGUAUUUUGAAAACCAAAUAUCAAAGUCUUUGUGGUCUUCUUUUCUGCUUAGUUAAAGAAAAGAGAUGCAGCACGACGAGGUGAUAUGGCAAGUCAUCAGGCACAAGCACUGCAGUUUCAUGUCCAAAAUCACUACCGGUAUUUUCUGUAGAAACCCUUAUAACGUCACUGGGAUCUGCAAUCGUAGUUCCUGCCCUCUCGCUAACAGUCGCUACGCCACUAUCCGUGACCACGAUGGGGUCUUUUACUUAUAUAUGAAGACUAUAGAAAGAGCUCAUAAACCCAAUGAUUUAUGGGAAAGAGUAAAAUUGCCCAGAAAUUAUGAGAAAGCACUUGAACUUAUUGACAAGCAUCUGAUGUAUUGGCCUAAGCUCCUUGUGCACAAAAUAAAGCAGCGUCUCACAAAAAUGACCCAAAUGCGUAUCCGCAUGAGGAAACUUGCCUUGAAAACAAGGGAGAAGAUAAUGACUACACCCAGAAAGGAGAAGAAAAGAGAGGCUAGAAGGGAGGAAAAGGCUGAAAAAGCUGCAGUUCUGGAUAAGGCAAUUGAGAAAGAGUUGCUUGCAAGGCUUGAAAAUGGAAUUUAUGAUGGCAUAUACAACCUCCCCUUCAAUAAAUUCCUCCAAACUCUUGACACAGAUGAUCUGCAGGCCGAGGAUGAAAAUGAAGAGGAAUCUGAAGUUGAAUAUGUUGAGGAUAACUUUGAGCUUGAAGAGGAAGAUGAUAUAGAAGAUUUGGGUAUGAAGGAUUAUCAUAUCGGUAAUGAUGAGGAAGUUGAUGAUGAUGAUGAUGAUGAUGAAGUAAAUGCAGUUGAAGAACAGAGAGUCAGAAGAAAGUCCAAGUCUGCACAUGAAAAGUCUGAGAAAGAUGAAUUUGGUAAAAAGUUGAAAAAGCGACCAAGAAUCCAUGUUGAGGUUGAACAUGAGGGUGGUGAAAGGCAGAAGGUAACCUUCUGAGUUGUAAGACUCGGUGGCAUCAAUCGAUCAAAUAAUCAACAAAAUAGCGUGCAGGAUAGAUUAAUGUUGAAAGUGAAUGAAACUCGAGGAGGCAACAACUGCCACAAACGAUCUUCUGUACCAUUUCUGGCUAAAAGAAAGUUUUGAUAGGAGGAAGAAAGAGAAAAGGGAAGAGUGUUUCACUCUGUUUUUUUCUUCUCUUUUAGGGUUUACAAGAAUUGUGAUGAACAUGGUGAGUAGUUAUUGUUUGUUUAACUAUGAAGAGGAAAAAGAUGUUUGUAAUUUGAAGAAGGGUAUUAAUUAUAGAAACAGAAACAAGCAGGGAGAUUGGUGAUUGUUUGCAACGAAGUAUUUUUGCUUUUA